CUUACGAUUGGGCUAUGAAGACGAUGAAUGCUGCAUGGAGAUUAGAAAAAUGUGAAAUGAAGAUAAAAUAUUUUGACGGAAGAACUUACAAUAAUGCACUAGCUCAAAGGUCACACAUCCCACACAUUCCUGAUGAUAUGUAGAAAAACCUGGUGGAAUUUUGGGAAUCACCAAAAGGCCAAGAAAAAGAUGGAAAAGAGUCAGAUCCUCUUGAUGUAUGGCUUGAUACCCAUCAACCAAAAAAAGGUUCUCGACUUGAUGAUGCUUCAGCUAUGACAAAAAAAUUGAUUGAAGAAGAUUUGGCUUCCCUCUCACAAAGUACUUGUAAUGGUGAGGAACGUAUGAAAAUUUUCAAAAGGCAUGUAGGAGAAGAUAAAAAUGGUUAUGCAAAGACUUUUGGUUUAGUUGUGAAGGUUCCUCGUUCUCGUGCAAAAAGAUGUGCUUUAGAAGAGGAGAGAGCUAAAAGAAUCAAAAGUGAGAAAGAAGUUGAGAAUUUGGUAAAGAAGCUUGACAAAGCCACAAAUUUGAUGAAAAAGUUUCUACAACUUCAGGGUAUUUCAAAUGACAUUUGUUUGUCAGAUGAAAAUCUUGAUCAUGAGGAAAGUGUGCACAGUGAGGACCACAAUGAGGAAAAUUUAGAAGAUGGUGGAUAUUGAAAAUGAGGAUAAUGAAUCACGUCGAUUUGAAUGUGAAAACGCACUCUUUGAAGAUGAAGAAAUGAUGUAACUUUCUAACUUGUGUCUUUUUGAUGGCAUGACACUUAUGGUUCUCUGUGUUGUGAAACAAUAAUGUCCUAAGCUCUUGUGUUGUGAAACAGAGAUCCCUUAGUUGGUUGUAUUAUUAUU